AUGUCCAUGUUCCGAAGGCCAGGCGACUCAUCGUCCAGUUCGGAGUCGUCUGAUGAAGAAAGCGAGUAUGAAGAAGAGAGUCAGCUGAAACAGGACAGCGUCCUGUCAAGGAUCAAUACUCUAGAUUCCGCUUCCUCAGGCCAGCCCAUCCAGCCCCAUCGACCUCCUCUAGAUCCACGGCAAAGCUCAACGCAAAACGUUCGCGAUCUUUUGUUACAUUCGUUGUUGGAGGAGCGAACUAUUCGCGAGGUUGCAGCCCAGCUGGGCAAAGACCCAUCGGACCCUGAAGUCCAGCGAUUGGGUAGAGCCUCCUACAAAGAAAUUGCCCGUCAGAUUUCCAACAACGUCGACGAUGCUUACGCAAGUGAUGAAAUGCAAAACCAUCGGACUACGGCAAACGAAGGAAUUAAUCGACUUACCCGAAGCAAUCUAAACAAGCUCUCUGUAAUCCCCGAAAUAGCUUCACAAGCUCUGGUUGCACUACCUGGUAAUGGGCUGCCCCAACAUCUACCUCAGCAACCGUCCCUAGGGUUCGAUGUCCUUUCUGGCAUAUCAGGUCCAGUUCAACUUCAACUUCGGGGAUAUCCUCAUCUUCAGACUGAUCGAUAUAUUCGGGAGUUUUCCGAGUUGGAGAUUGUUGGUAAAGGAGGAUAUGGCAAAGUUUUCAAAGCCAAACAUAAACUUGAUGGGUCAUUCUAUGCGGUCAAAAGGAUUCCAGUGAGCCCUGCCAAGGUUGCAAGAAUACAAGAGCAUGGACCAGAAGAGUUGGAAAGCAUGCUUGAAGAAGUUCGCUCGCUUGCGCGAUUUGAUCACAACAACAUCAUUCGAUAUCAUAACGCGUGGCUCGAGUUUACCACAUCACCCACUGAAACCACCAGCGUCCCAGAUAUCCCAAUGCUUCGAGACGACCGUCUUUUAGAGGACCGAGCUGCCUUUCCAUCCUUCUCUGGAGGAACCAACGACAUUCAUUCUAGACUGGAUAAUCUAAGCUUCGAUGACUCUCAUAUUCGAACUGAGAACAGCAACAGCGCUGGUAUUGUCUUUGAGUUUAGCGAGCCCAGAGAAGGAACAACUGAGCUCCAGAGUGAAGGUGCCAAUAUCUCUAUCAAGGAAACUUUUACACGGACCAAACGCAAAACCCGACGUGGGAGCCAGGCGAGUCAGAUGACAAUAGCAACAAUCUCAUCAACCAAGUCUCGAAUGAGCGCCGUAGAGGACGCAGAUGAAGAGGAAGAUGAUGAUAUUGAAAACAUUCCCAGAUCGCACAUGCCGUGUUCCCACGAAACAAUCUCCGAAAUGUCAGACAGCAUGAUUUCGAACAGCGACGUGCCCCACCACCUUAUGCAAAAGCGAACUCUCGGACCAGUCCUCAUGCUCAACGUGCAAAUGAGCCUCUGCGAAACCAACCUAGCUUCGUUUCUCUCGUCCGAACAGUCUGGAUCUAUUGGACAGAAAACCGGACAACAUUGCUUCCACUCCUGCGUAUCCCUCGAGUUACUCAACAACAUCGUGGCAGGGGUAGAAUACUUACACGCUCAGGGCGUCGUUCACCGCGACCUCAAACCCGCAAACGUCUUCCUCUCGCUUUCCACUGCGCGUCACCCACCAUACGGUUCCAUCGACAUGUCAAGCUGCAAAUCGUGUCCCCAGCGCGAUCAUCUACAUAUGACGCCCCGCAUCGGCGACUUUGGCCUCGUAGCCGCGUUGAGCGGGAGUUGCACGGUUCCGGACACAUCUUCCAAGCCAGUAGGCACCGAAUUCUAUCGGCCAUCGGCGAGCAGCGGUGUCAACGAGAAACUCGAUGUCUUCGCGCUAGGUGUGGUGGCGUUUGAGAUGCUGCACAAAUUUAGCACGAGGAUGGAACGUAUAGCUGCUCUGACGGAGCUCCGCAGAUGUCUUUUUCCAGGAGAUUUUGUGCAGAAUCACGGGGAUGUCGGCGGGGAUGUUCAGACUUUGAUUAGUGGUAUGAUAAAUGGGGAUGAAGAACAGCGUUUGAGCUGUGAUGAGGUGAAGGAAGAGAUUAUGAAGCUAGUGCAGAGAUUAAAGGCUUAA